UAAUAUAUCAGGCCUUAACAUACUUCCAAGCAUAAACCAUAAAAACAAAACCCUUUCAAGCAAAAUAAACUAAGUUAUGAGACAAACGUGUAUUGUUUAAGAAGGUACCAAACAUCAGCACAUAUAACAGAAAACCAAUUUUGCAGAAAAUAUUUCAACAAAAAAGACAGCAACAUAAUCCUACACUCUACCUCAUACCGCCUUUUUCAUAUACAAAAUAAAUAUAUAUAACCAACUAUUUGUCUGCAAUUUUAAUACAAAACCAACAGAUUAAAUCGCAUUUUCGACCUACCCCUUUUGAUCAGCAAAAUAAUACCCUGAUUGCAAAAUGGACCAUACUAGUCCUAAGGGAGAAGAUAAGAGUGUACAUUUGCCAAUAUCUGAGCUGAAGAGGCUUAGUGAUGCAUAUAGUCAGAGCGCGACAAUGUUUGAACCUGUGAGCAACAGUAGAGAAGGCAGUGCUGAGACCCCUACAGGAAAUCAACCAGCAAGGCCAUCAGUUCCUGCCCCUGAGAAAAAGCUGACACUUUUCGCCCUUCGCCUUGCUAUUCUUGAGAAGGCAGCUACAGGGUUAGGGACCCUAGGCUUUAUUUGGGCAACUGUUGUUCUUCUUGGCGGGUUUGCCAUAACUUUAGAUAAGUCAGAUUUUUGGAUCAUAACAAUUAUACUGCUGACUGAAGGAACAAGGAUUUACAGCAGGAGCCAUGAACUUGAGUGGCAGAGACAAUCCACAUGGUCGUUUACAGGUGCUGGGAUCAACAGUUUCCGUUUUCUGAAACUGGGAUCGAACAAAGUCUGGAGCACGGUUAAAUCAGUCUUCAGACCUCGGAAUCAGAAUGGUAGACAGAUAACUGACUGCAGAGAAGAUAGACAGCGGAAAUGGGAUAAACAACGUCAGCCAACUCGAAGAUGGGCUAGUUCUGAUGUACCUGUAUUACCUUAUGCUUCCUGGCUUUUUCUGUCAAGGAACAUCAGCAAGAUUCUUCAAUUUCUCCAGAUUGUAGCCGCGGUUGCAUGUGUAGCUCUUUCGUUGAUGAAGGUCAUCUGGCGUAACUUUGGAGAGGUGGCUAAGGAUGAUACAGAUAAGAAAAACAGAAAAGAUGCUCUGCUGAUAUUCUACGGAUUGGCCUUAGCUGAAGCUGCAUUGUUUCUGCUUGAAAAGAUUUACUGGGAAAUAAAGGUAACGUGCUGUAAAGUAUUGGAGCGGGUCAAUGAAGAGUGCGAGUUUGGACCUUCCGGUAUGAUUUCAGUCACGCGAUUCUUCUAUGAUGCCUAUUCUAGAUGUGUGGAUGGAAGCGUAUUUGAUGGGUUGAAGAUGGAUAUGGUUUCUUUUUCUAUGGAACUUUUAGCUUCAAAUUCACCAGAAGAGCAGCUUAUGGGAGCCCGGGUUCUUAGAAGCUUUGCAAUGAAUCCGCGGUUUUCUGAUGACACUCUGCAGAAAAUAGGAAUUACUUUCACAGCAGUUGAAAGAUUAGUAGAGAUGUUAAACUGGAAGGAUCCACAAGAAGAGGAGAUCAGGAAAUCAGCUGCAGAAAUCCUGUCAAAACUAGCAGGAAAAAAACAGAAUUCCCUUAGAGUUGCAGGAAUUCCUGGUGCUUUGGAAUCAAUUUCAUCCCUUCUGUAUGUUAGCAAGACUUCAAGUUCAGAAAUCGACGAAGUCUGUGAGAAAAGUCUUAUUCCUGAUCAUGAGCAUUAUAGUUUCUGGACAUUCAAUCAUCUAGGACUACUGAUUCUCAAGAAGCUUGCUCGAGACCAUGACAACUGUGGGAAAAUAGGGAAUACAAGAGGCCUUUUACCAAAAAUCAUAGACUUCACACAUGCUAAAGAGAGGUUGUUGAAAGAUGAUAAUAUCGCGGCAUCUCAAAUUCAGACAGUGAAAAGGUCCCUGCAAGUAAUAAAAAUGCUAGCUAGCACAACAGGAAGCACAGGGAAACAGCUUCGGAAAGAGAUAUCAGAGAUAGUCUUCACAUUUUGCAACAUCAGGGACAUUUUAAGGCACGGGGAGAAAUAUCCUGAUCUGCAAAAGCUCGGGAUUGAAAUACUGACAAGCCUAGCAAUGGAAGACGAUGCAACAGAGAGGAUCGGAGCCACAGGUGGGAUUAUUAAGGAGUUGUUGAAUAUUUUCUUCAAAAGUGGGAUGCCAAUAGGUCAGGUACAUGUUAGAACUGCAGCUGGUGAAGCACUAGUCAUGCUUGCUUUCGAGAGCAAGCAGAACUGCAACUGUAUCUUGAAAUUAGGCGCACUGGAGAAGCUCAUGAAAGCACUAGAAAUCCCCUUAGUUCGUUUAAAUGCAGCAAGGAUUUUAAGAAAUCUGUGCACCUAUAGUGUGGAUGAUUGCUUCCAGGAGUUAAGGGGAGUUUCUGCAGCAGUACCCUCAGUUCUUAAGGGCAUCAUGUCCGAAGAUGACAAGCUACGUGAAGUAAUGGUUGGAUUAGCAGCACGAGCAUUCAAGUUCAUGACAUACUCCGAAUCAAGCAUCAUGUUUGAGCAAGCAGGAAUCAAAGAAAAUGAAAUAGCAAAUGUACUAGUACAUAUUCUGAAGAAACACACAUACCCACCUGCCAGAUUUCCUAGGAUACGCAGGUUUACCAUAGAACUUGCAAUCUGGAUGAUGCGAGACAAGGAAUCAAACAUUCGAGUUUUCAAGAAUCUAGGACUCGAAACAGAGCUGGAAAAUGUUCUAGAUACAACCUCAGAGCUCGAGAGCUUCAACAUAUUUUCAGGAACAGUAGGAUUAAGCAGAUUCAACACAUCAAUACACUCAUUGGUUGAAACUGCACAAAACUUGCUGUCAAGUGAAUGAAUAUAGGAGAUUCACAUUAUUUAUUUAUUUUAUUUUUUUCAAUUUUUAACACCUAUUUCUGCAUUAUUAUUUCUUCUAGAUGCUCAAAAAUGUGCAACUUUUGGGUUUAGUAUACAUAUACAUUUUUUCCUUUUACUGAGGAUUAAUAAAUGAAAUUGUAUAGAGUAUAAUUCGUUUACCAAGUAUUUUUAUAUACACCCACCAUAUAAUUUUCAGUGUGCAAAUUUAUGGGCAAAUUAUUACAUGAUCCCCAGGCCAGAGCAUAUAGCUUUGGACCUAAAUCUUUUGAUAUAAGUAUUUAAGAAAGUUCUAACCAUAUUUGUGAAACGAAGGGAGU